AUGCCUCGUCUCGCGACACUCACUGCGAUUUUCGCUGUUUUCAUUUCCAUCAUCUUCAACGCACAACUCAAGAGCUUCAUCACAGACCUGACAGCCCCACUUCUCAAGACCAACACCACCACCAACAUCGCAUCUCCAGAGCCAGAGUCUAUGCUCAACGCAGUCAAGAACACAAUGUCCAAGACCCUCCACCACGCAAAGAUCACGCCGCACCGGAGCGGCACCCGCGGCCACUCUGACCACGGGUGGCUCAACACCUACCACAGCUUCUCCUUCGCCGACUGGUACGACCCGCGCUUCAACAACUUCGGCGCCCUGCGCGUGCUCAACGAGGACCGCGUCAAGGCCAACAGCGGCUUCCCGACGCACCCGCACCGCGACUUUGAGAUCUUCAGCUACAUCCUCUCGGGCGAGCUGACGCACCGCGACUCCAUGCUGCAGAAGGGCAGCGAGGGCGCCCAGAGCGACAAGUUCUACCGCAUGCACCGCGGCGACGUCCAGUUCACCACCGGCGGCACCGGCAUCGCGCACUCCGAGAUGAACGAGCACGGCCGCGACACGGUGCACUUCCUGCAGAUCUGGGCCAUCCCGUGGAAGCGCGGGCUGCCGCCGACCUACCACACCCGCCACUUCGCCGAGGAGGAGAAGCGCAAGGGCUUUGUGAAGAUCCUCUCGCCGCUGAAGGCCGGCCCGGAGGCCACGCUUGCGGAGGAGAAGGCGGCGGAGCCGUCUAUCCCGGACACCAUCCCGAUCCACGCCGACUUCGUCAUGGGCGCGGGUAUCAUUGAGCCCAACAAGGCUUUUGAGUGGAACGUCGGUGCCAAGGUCACGCAGCAGACGAAGCGCAAGGUAUUUGUUCAUUUGCCGAUGACCAAGGGCGGCAAGGCCAAGAUCCGCAUCGACGGCCGCGAUGACGCCGUUUUGUCGGAGGGCGACGGCGCAUUCGUGGAUGCGGUCAAUGCAGGCGACAAGUUGAAUGUGGAGAGCAUUGGAGAGGCCGACGCCGAGGUUGUUGUUUUGGAUACAGCGUAG